AUGGGAAAAGUUCACGGAUCUCUCGCCCGUGCCGGUAAGGUCAAGUCUCAGACCCCUAAGGUCGAGAAGCAAGAGAAGUCCAAGACCCCUAAGGGCCGCGCCAAGAAGAGACUCACAUACACCCGCCGUUUUGUCAACGUCACCCUGACUGGUGGCAAGCGAAAGCGCGACGCAGCGCCUACCCUCUUGAGGGCAGCCGGUGCCGUACUCGAGAGGAUUCGGAAGGCGAUGGACGAGCAGACAUUCGACAGGGUCUAG